AUGUGGAUGAGAAGUGUUCGGCUAUGGGAAGCGGUGCCGUUUUCGGUUAUGGUGACAAUGGAAGGUUGUACCAUAAUAUUAACCAUUUGGGCAAAAACUGUCAUGACAGUUGAUGGCAUGAGCCCUUUUGUAUUUGUCCUCUACACCCACUCCCUUUCCUCUCUCAUCCUCCUCCUCUAUUCUUUCAUCUUUCACUGCCCCAGAAGAGAACAGUCACUCUUCAGCUUGAAUCUGUUCGUGCGAUGCUUCUUCUUGGGUUUAACAGGGAUAACAAUAUCUCAGAACCUUGGAUUCCUAGGCCUAAGUUACAGUUCUCCAAUUCUUGUGUGUGCCAUGGGCCUAAUGAUCCCAACUUUUUCCUUCCUGCUCUCCAUCAUUCUCAGAAGGACAAGGCUAGAUUGGAGAAGCUCCAACUUCCAGGCCAAAGUAAGUGGGACGAUAAUAUCAAUCACUGGGGCAGUAGCGGUUGAACUCUACAAGGGUGCAUAUAUAAGAACAUCUUCAGUUUCUUCUUCACCUGGGAAGCAACUUCAAGUCUUAGCACAGAAAGCACUUUUGGUCUUCUCCUCAGAACCAACGGAACAUUGGGUUGUGGGUGGCAUUUUACUGGCAUCUGCUUCUUUAUCUGUCUCAGUAUGGAACAUCAUUCAGCUGGGAACCAUGAAACUAUAUCCGGAAGUGGAUGCAAUGGAAGUGGUAACUUUUUAUAGCUUGCUUGGGACAAUACAGAGCGCAAUAUUAUCCUUGUUCUUAGAAAGAAACCCAAGUGCUUGGAGAUUAAAACUCAACAUGGAGCCCCUUCUCAUUAUUUUAACAGCACUUUUUGGGGGUCUAGUUCGAAGCCGGGUUCACAAUUGGUGCAUGAGCAUGAAGGGUCCAUACUAUGUGCCGCUGUUCAAGCCAUUUGGGAUUGUUUUUGCUACCAUUUUUGGUGUCAGCUUAUCUGCAAAUAGUCUGCAUUAUGGAAGUGUGAUAGGAUCAGUAGUAAUUGGAAUGGGGUAUUUUGCAAUAUCAUGGGGACAAAUCAGAGAAGAUGAAGGGCAGCAAGACCAACAAUGUGUUGAUGAGAGGCUGGAACCUAAUUCUGAGAGGAAAGUCCCUCUCUUGCAAGAAGAAAAUAAUGUAUAGAUUAAUCUCAAACAGAAGGGAAAGCUUGAGCCUUGAGAAGAAAGAAGGCUCCUAGCAUUCUCACUAGGUUUCGAGAUCAUUUCAUCAAGCUUUAUAUCUGAUAAUUACAAGGGAACAUGCAUCAUUCUUUUUUUCUUUUUCUUUUUUAUGAAUAUGGUGAUGAUGGUGGUAUGGUCUAUAUUUUGUACCUGAAUGUUAUUGGAUAAUGUGAGUGUACGGAAAG